AUGUAUGAAAAAAGGGAUGACGAAAACCAAGUUGAUUUCACAAAACAUGAUGAAAAGGAAAAGAAAAAAAAAAAAAAAAGCGAUACACAAUUAUCUUUGUCUGCUCAAAAGUUGCUGGAGUGUAACACACUAAAACUACAAGAAUUAAUUGAAAGUAGUUACACAAAUUGUAUAAAGAAAAGUGAUAGAGAUCACUGCCGACAAUACAUGCCUAGGAUGCUAUGGGGAAAUCCUUGUGAAUAUUUUCCUUUAACCCCCUUAUCAGAUUUUCAAAGCCCACAACUUUUCGAAAAACUCCCUCUGGACACCCUAUUUUUUAUAUUCUACUACCAACCGGGAACAUACCAACAACAUUUGGCAGCAAAAGAAUUAAAAAAAAAGUCCUGGAAGUAUCACAAAAAGUACAAAGCAUGGUUUUUGCCAUACAACAAUAAUAUUCGUAUGUUGAAUGAUAAAAUGGAACAAGGAACCUACCUGACAUUUGACUAUGAAUCAACUUGGUCAAAACAAUUAAAGGAAGAGUUCUCAUUUGAGUACAUGUACAUGGAAGAUGAAAUAACAGUAUAA